CCUCUGUGUGCUGAGCCAUAACCUGGAUUUCUCUCAGAACCUUGCCAAAAAUGGCUGAAGUGACCUAUGCAGAUCUGAAGUUCAUGACACGGGAGCAGCCCAGAAACCAAGAGCCCCAUGAAGCCAAAGCGAAAGACUCUCCCACUCCAUCUCCUUAUUGGCGACCUGCAGCAGUGAUUCUUGGGAUCUUCUGCUUCGGUUUGCUGGUAACAGCUGGGGUCCUGAGUGUGAAGUUCACUCAGGUUUCCCAUCUAGUGAGUGAAUGGCAUGAAAACCUUACCCAGAAAAGGGAAAUUCUGGGAAACCUCACCCAGCAGUUGGAGUUUCUCCAAGCGCAGAACCUAAACCUUUUGGAGACUGUGCAGCAACUGGCAAGCUACAGAGGACAUAGAUGCAGCCCUUGCCCUGACAACUGGCUACAGCAUGGAGAGAACUGUUACUUCCUUUCUACCAAAUGGAAAACUUGGCAAGAAAGCAAAGCUCUUUGCUCUUCCCUGGAUUCCAGAUUUCUUAAGAUAGAGAGUAAGGAAGAGCUGGGUUUCAUAAUAAGCUCAGCACAGUCUUAUAGUUCCUAUUCUUUCUGGAUUGCCUUAUCCCGCAAAGGAGCUGAUGGGUCCUGGUUAUGGGAGGAUGGUACAGCUUUCUCCACUGACUUGUUUUGGAUCCCAGAAGCCAGUUCCAGUCUUUACCCGAUCUGUGUGUCAAUUCAAGGUGCAAAUGUUAACGCUGCGGCGUGUGGGUCAUACAAGUUCUGCAUUUGUGAGAAAGUGGCUAAUUCAGUGGGGACUGCCUGACUGGGCUUAUCAGCCAGACGUGGGGUGCAGAUCUCCAAAGAAAGACACAUCCAGAGAUGCUGCUAUAUGGAGUCGUCUCUGCCCCUGGGGUUUGUGACAAAGAAAAGACAGGUGUGCAGUUCGAGCUCACUUGUCAAGAUUAAUUUUAGGGAUCACCAAAGUUGUACUUUAUCGUCUUCUGACACACACUAGCCAGUCCUUUAGAUUCACCCUUGAGCCUUCCUCCAGCAGCUCCUUUCCAGCUCUUCUUCACUCAACAGUACUGUCAACCCUCACUCUCUCCUGUUUCUCACUGAGCCCCACCAGACUCUAGUCUCAAUGCCUACCCUUUGCUGAUACUUGCUCGGAGAAGGAGGGAUAGCCUGAGUAACUGACCCAAACGUAUUACAAAAUCAGAUAGAAAACCACAGGGAAAGAUGUAGAGCUAUGCUAUGUAUAGAGAACUGAAACACAGAAGGUGAGAAUGUCCCCCAGUGCUCCCUGCUGAUACACCAAAGGAUCAGUUUGUAUGAGGCCCAGUCAAUUUCUGUAGAGUACAAGCUUUCAUUUGAAACAAAAUUAAGGGAGAGAUUUUCCAAGUGAAGUAACUUCAAUGAAAGCAGAGUUAGGCCAACCCUGAGUUGUCCUGAAUUUAAAAAUAAAAACACUCCUUAGGCACUCAGUGUUGUCAACUCUCAUGAUUUUAUGGUGAGUCUGGCAAUAUUUGAUAUCUGGCCCUGGCCAUUGGAAUCAAGAGAUUGCAACAGAAUCUCAGCUUUAAUUUUAAAAAAGAGUAAGUUUCUAGCCCUCAUGAUUACAGAGAAAAGCUUGAAAACAUGACCAGAGUUCACCCUAAAGGCUUAAAAACCAGAAAGCAAAUACAAAGAACCCAAAAUUUAUUUUAAAAAAUCUCAUGGUUUUUGAGCAAAUCCCAUGAUUUUGAAGGCCUGACUCAUGACUUUUGAAAGCCUGGGGUAGGCAAUACCAGUAUAAAUGAGCUAUUUUUGUGCUGCUUCUGGUGAUGACAGAAGAAAUGCAGUAUCCA